UUUGCAGAAGAGGCUCAUAGUCCAGCAGUGGACUGUCACCUGCUGUGGGCGAUGAUGCUGACAUGGAGUUCCUCCUCCCUCGGCGACGCGCUGGUGCUGCCACUGGUAUUGCAGGUGUACUUGAGCUAUGAAGUCUGCUUACCAUCAGGCCAACUGUUAUACCACGGCGACAUGUCGGCGGCGACAGCCUUCCUCGUCCUCCUUCUCCCAGUCCUGACGCUAGCAGACAUAGAAAUUGACGUCACAGCGUCAGAUGACGCUUCGCAACAAAGCAUCAUUGCGUUAGGAACAAACAAAGCAAUUAUAAGUGACCUUGAAGUCCAAACGUUUAACUUAACCGAUGAAAAUUUGAAAAAUGCCAUCAAAAACCAUUUUGGAGUCAAACCGGACGAUGUAUUCCUGAAAAGUCCUACUCCUUGGGGGGAUCUGUAUGUUAUUAAUAAUUUUACACAGGUAUCAAGAGUCCUGAAACCUGUAAAAGCAAGCAUCAUGUCUGUGGAAUACAGACCAUUUUUGGUCUUCAGUCAGUCUUUUAAUAACACCAGUACUAAGCCAGCGCUAUUCAAAACUCACAUCUCUCAAGAAGUAGAGGACACCGUAUCUUCUUUUUGGCAGAAGUAUUCGGAAAUUUCGGCUUCGUCCGAUAUUAAAUACGGUUUCGAUAUUAAAGCUAUGGGGGUUUCGGGGAGAGCGUCGUUUUCUUUCAAAUCGAAAUGGGGUGAGAGUGUUUUGAAGUUUGAAAAGGUGUCUGUUGGGUCCCAAACUGGGUUGGAUAUAUAUUUGAAGCCGGGGCAACAAGUUAUAGCUGAUUUGAUAGCGACACGAGGGUUCAUGAAAAUUAGAGUGGAUUUCGUAACCAGUGUAACUGGAACCGUGGCUGUGAAUUACGGCGCUUCUUUCAAGGGUCACCACUUUUGGUCGUAUGAUGUGAACAAGGUUUUGGAAGCUGCAGGUCUUAAUAAAACGGUUUGGUCGACUGAGUUCAUAGAUUUUGCUUUCUAUGUGAAGUCUCGAGUUGAGCUUCGCGAUGUGGUUAGUAAUGAGACGCUUGCUAAUGUCCCUUUGAGCGUAUUUUAAUUGUUUCAUUCAAGCUUAUCAAUAUAUCCAUCGUUGUUUGAUGGAUUAUCAACUUUAUAUUCAUGUGUUAAGGUUCAUUUUAACUUGACAUGUUGUGGUAGGUUGACGUGCGUUAUCAAUUUUUUUUUUAUAUAUUUUUUCUUUUUUGUAUAUAAAAUAUUGUCUUGUAAACAAAAUGAAAUACAUAUUGUUUUGGUUUUU